UUGACCAAUCAGAAUAAAGAAAUCUUUGCCCCGAUUGGUCAAUGAAAUGCUUCAUCGCUGACAGCGUCAAGUGAACGCAUCUGUAUAUGGAUCGGCGUAAUGACUGUGGGAAAACUUGUGUAUAGUUAUAAAUGUCCCAUAAACUUGAUUUUUCAUAAAAUCCCGUGGAUGUGACAGAAUCGCUCAAUAAUCUCGAGUUGUGAGUGAUAAUUUGUAUAUCGGGAUAUUUGGAUAUCUCUCCCUCAUGUGAUGAGCAGCGCAUAUGAGGAUUCGUGUCCUUGGACGAAUUAUUUGUCAGAGGCGAUCAAUAAAUGCGUGCACAACUUGUUAUCGUUACUCUCGUCGACUUUCGGACUAACCUUUAAUUUCGACGAUAUCGUCAUCUUUGAUGACGAGACGUCGUCGAAGCUACGCGAAUUUUUUCACGAACUGAUAGCGUUGCUAGCGUUCGACGAUUUUCAACUUCAGCUACUCAAAGUCUUCCUGUUGACACUCCUGAGUAGUGUGGCAUUGAUCUUUGUUGCUUGGCAUAUUUACGGCGCUAGAAUUACGGAGCAAUUUAUGAAAACAGGUGCAGCUAAAGAUUGUAAUACAUCAACUGAAUAAUAUAUUGGAUAUUUGAUUAUUAGACUUUAUUCAUAUAAAUAACAGCAACAAUUUGAUAUCUGAUAAAUAUGGCUGAUAAAAUCAAGUCUUUUUUCCAAAAGAAGAAGACAAGCGCAAAGUUUAUGAAAGCAGGAAAAGGAUACAAAUUGACAGAUUCUACCAGUACUUGUAUCCCAACAAAGUCUAAAGAACCAAUUAAGAGAGCGGAACCUACAGAAGAAGCCAAAACUGCAGGCCAAGCUGCCUUAGCAAGAUUAGAAGCAAAGAAAAGUGAUAAACCAAGAUUUAACACAUCAUACGCUGCCAUUCAAGCACGUGUUAAACGUGAAUUGGAAUUAGAAAGAAAAGCACAGCAAAAUUUACAACAGACAGAAAAUACAUCAUUGAAAGAUGAAAAAGAUAGAGUUGAAGAUCCUUCCAUUUUUGCAGUUACUGAUGUAUUCUUUCGUUGUCCAUAUUUAUCUGAUGAAAUAUUGCUUCGAGACGAAUGGAAAAAGAAAAUUAGAGAAUUUUUGUAUGAGCAAGUAAAGGGAGAAGAGGCAGGAUUAACAGCAUGUUUAAUUAUCCAAAAUUGCAAUACUGGAAAAGAAAAGAUUGAAAGCUGUGUAGAAACACUUGGCAAAUAUUUAGACAAUAUCAUUAACAAUCCCGAUGUUGAGAAGUACUGGAAAAUCAGGAUGUGUAAUAGAAUAUUCCAAGAAAAAGUUUUACCUAUUGAAGGAGCACUAGACUUUUUAAAAGCAGCUGGUUUUGAGCAAAAGAAGUUAUUACAUAAUGAGAACGAAGAAGAUUUCUUGGUAUGGAGUCCUAUUAAUUGUAAUAUUGAAAAUCUUAUAAUCUUGGAUGAAGCAUUGAAAUCUGCAGAACCUAUUCCUCUUGAAUUGGAUAGGAAUCUGCAAGUAUUAAUGCCUAGCCAAGCUCGCAUGAAAAAUGAAUUGCCACCUAGUUUUUUCACUAUAACUCCAGAAGAAAUAAAAAGAGAGCAACAAUUGCGAUCGGAAGCUGUAGAAAGAAAUCAAAUGCUAAGAACAAAGGCUAUGAGAGAGAAGGAUGAGCAGCGUAUACUUAGAAGAUAUAAGUUUGCCAUACUUCGUAUUAAAUUUCCAGAUGGAAUAAUAUUACAAGGUACUUUUUCGGUACAUGAGAAAUUCCAAAAUGUAAUGGAAUUUGUUGAUGAAAAUCUAAUCGAUGAUAAAGUGUUCUUUUCUUUGGUGACACCAGAUGGGAUUAAACUAAUAGAAGAGUGUUAUGAUAAGACACUUUUAGAAUUACGGUUAAUUCCCACAGCUAUAUUGGAAUUCUCAUGGAAUACUACUGAUAAGGAAAAUAUACCUAAGGGAUAUUUGAGAGAAGAUGUACUUUCUUAUAUACAAGCUGUUUGAAGAUAAUACUAUAUUCUGGUACAGAUAACAAUCAAUUAAAAACGCAUUUUUUUAACACAAAUUUUCUUAUCACUUGUAGCACUUUGACAAGUAAUGGAGAAAUAUGAUUAUAUCAUAGUCACACAUAGUUUUGUGACUAUCCCAGUUUUUUAAAGAUUUUUCUUAUAUUGCGCAGUUUACUAAUUUAACAUGUAUUAUUAUUUAUAUUAAAACCCCAUGUAAUGUAUGUGAAAAUUGAUCGAAGUAUAUUGAUUAGGUCUUCAAUGCAAAUAAAUUUAUAUUAUCUUAUAUUACAUUAUCUAAAUUUAUCUAUUAAAUUAUUUAUUACAUAUAAAUAAAAUGUAAAAAACCAUUUUAUUUUAUUAUACAAUUUUAGUAUAUAUAAUGUAUGUUUUAAAAUGUUAUUAAAAAAACAAUAUUUGCAAAUAAGUAUUAAUAACAUUUAAUUCUAUACAUUUUCUUGCAAUAUGUUCUUUCUUACUUGAAAUAGGUCUGCCGUGUUAUUUAUUUAAUCAGAGAACAAAAAGUACAAAUGAUGAGUAUGUAUUGAUUCUUAUUUGGAACAAAUAUGAUUAUGCAUGUGUGUAUCAAAUAUCGCAUUUUAUGUUCAAAUUUUAUAUUUGUUAUAUCUCUUUGUAUUUUACACCACGUUGAUAGUCUAUCGACAUUUUAGCAUGCUAUGCGCUUUUAAAUGUACAAUAUUAAAAUGUUCUGUUUUCGGGGAAACCGGUUGUUCGUACAGCCAUGCUAAACCACAGACAGUUUUGUGUCCCUCGGCAAUUACUUAAAACCAGUUUGGACAUCUCCUCUACCGCCCUCAAUAGUAUUUAGGUGUAUGGAAUGAUAAUCUCUCUCUUUCUUGUAACGGUACCAUGACAGUAAUGCCGCGUACAAAAACAGAGUAUAUGAAUAUACGUAUAUAUGUAUGUCGCUUCGAUCUACGAUUCAUAGAGAAAAAACUCGUAUCUUUUUAUGUGCGGCAAGCAAGUCUGUAAUGAAUAAUGCAUUUAUCUUGCUAGAGAAAAUAUUUGAAACUGAGAAUGUAUAUAAAACGUACGAGGCUAAUGAAACGUACGCAAGUUUAGCGCUCCAGUCAGUCGAUUCGCACGCGAUUUCACGGGUUGACCCGCAUGUCGCAUACAAUAAUCGACUGACACUCCCAAAUGCGUGCAACGCGUAAAACGCAAUACGUACCGGCUGUCUCUCGCGCCUAUUGUUAUAUUUACGCUUUUUCAAGCAUAUUGUUUGAACCGCGGACUGCUCGCAUUUCCUGUUGCGUGCCAGAAUGGGGCUUAACAUUGCAUUUAGGCGCGUGCGAUUCUGCACAAGGAAUUUUUGCCUUUCACGUGCAUACAUGAUACGUGGAAAUCGAGAAAUUUUGCAAUAUCGAAAAUAUGUAAUAUAUGAUUGUAUUGCAAUCAGAUUUCUUCUCUUUGCCAGAAUCCAGGCAAUGUAUAUUCUUUUGUAUCUUUAUGCUUUAGAUUUCCUGAUGCAUUGUCAGCAAAAUUUAUUACAGAUUACUUAUGAAACCGAUACCCGUAAACUGAAUAUCGUUACUAUUGGAUUUACUAAUUUGUUAUGUCAUAUUUUUAUUAUUCAAGACUUAAUCAUCAUUGUCAUUUAGGUAUUUAAUUCAUGCUACAACUAUUGGCUCGUUUUGCAUUGUAUUAUAUUUCUUUUUAUACGAAAUAAAUUUCCGCAGGAACUUCUGUAUG